AUGAAAUUGAGGGGGCAUUUGAAUCGGUGGGAAGGGGACGAGAUUGUUCGUUAUAUUGUCAGUGAUUUGCAGACGAGCAAAGAGGAGAAAUUGGAGGAAGAUGAAAGGGAGAACAAAUUGACCGAGAGGCAAUUGAAUUUGAGUGGUCCUUUAUCGCGUCACGAAAACCUUCAUUUCACAAAAUUGACUCUAACUGAUUUCGUAUUAGCUCUCAAGCACACCAUGAAAGCGAUUCGAAGUCUGCAAUCCAUCACCAAAAAGAUCCGGGUUUUACUACAUAUUCAACAUUGCAAACCACCGGCCUCUAAAGUAAAUUGGACUUCCAAAAUGACCAACGCCUGUGUCACUAGACUCCACAUACUUCCCAAGAGAAUGAAAUUCCAGUCCAAUUUCUUCCGACCAUUUCCCACCUGCGCAUCACCAUCAUCAACCUCUCUACCCUACAACCCACAACAAUGGCUAACUUUGACUUGUCAACUCACCCCAUCAAACUCCCCUUCCCCUGCCCAACGUUCCAAAGAAUGGUUUGCCCUCAGAAAAGACCGAUUAACCACCAGCACCUUCAGCACUGCUCUCGGUUUAUGGAAAGGCAAAAGAAGAUCCGAACUUUGGCAUGAAAAAGUCUUCCCUUUAGAUACAGAAUCAAACAUCACACUCGCUUCAAAACAAGCCAUGGAAUGGGGUGUUGUGAAUGAAUCAAUCGCCAUUGAAAAAUACAAAACAAUAACCGGACGUGAAGUGAGUUCAUUAGGGUUCGCGACACAUUCGGAAGAUAAAUUCGAUUGGAUCGGUGCAUCACCAGAUGGGCUUCUCGGGUGUUAUCCAAAUGCCGGGAUUCUCGAAGUGAAAUGCCCGUUUAACAAAGGGAAACCGGAAUCAGCGAUUCCGUGGUCGAGUAUGCCUUUUUAUUAUAUGCCUCAGAUUCAGGGUCAGAUGGAGGUUAUGGAUAGAGAUUGGGUUGAUUUGUAUUGUUGGACGAUAAAUGGAAGUACGAUUUUUCGUAUAUGUAGAGAUCAAGAUUAUUGGAAUUUGAUACAUGGUGUAUUACGUGAGUUUUGGUGGGAAAAUGUGAUUCCGGCUAGGGAGGCUUUGGUGAUGGGGAGUGAAGAGGAGGCUAAGAAAUAUGAACCGGAAUCAACGCAUAAGUUAACGGGAUUGGUGAUUCAUAAGAGCUUGAAGUUGGCUGGUGAGUCGAAGCUUUUGUGUAGAGAAAUUGGAGGGAAUGUUGAAUUUAUGUAACAAUGCAAUCGGUUUGGUGGUAUUUGUUAUUUAUAAUAAACUUAUAUUAUAUUCGUUUCUAGUAUUUCUUGAAAUUCUUUUUAUACAUGAUGAAUUUUGAUGUUGGAUUUUGACCAUAAAUGGAUAUGGCAAUAUAGUGUCACUUUUUUUGUGGGAUUUUGAACCCAAACACCACACAACAAGAUUUUAUGUUUUUUACA